AUGGAACACACGGACAGCCCCGCCUCCCACAGCAGCGACCCCAACGGGUUCGUCAAUAAAGUCUUCAACGUGUCUCUGGAUGUGCAGAAUGAGACCGGCACUGUAUCUAUCCAGGAGACUGGGAAGGGAGAGGGACAGGGAGAGYGUCAAGYAGAYGGUCKGGGMCCAGGCCAWYCCCAGYGASAGUGGCAGGYGGCUGGGGAUAGACAGGCAGAGACCCAGGCACCCCCUCAGACCCCUGGYAWGGAGCYCCCGGAMGUCAACCGUAGAKCAAGAGCMACWGGYGGCAUCUGGAAGAUCUUGACCCGGCGUAAAGCGGCUUCAGAACUGGAUAACAGAAGACCUCACUCCAUGAUCCUCCCUGGAGAGGAGGCCUCCAUCCCUAAACUGUCCUUCGCUGACAAGGUCCGCUCCAUCAAGAAGCUCCGCUCUCCGGGUGUCUUCAAGGGGAGGGUGGGGAAGAUGUCUGGGUCCAACACUAAGUUCAGAGACGGAGAGAUGGAGGACGACUCGUUUUCCCGGGACUUCCUCCCCUCGCCCGCACUGCAUCCCGGUAGGAGCACACUCCGCCACUACGCCAAGAGGCACUCGUAUGCCGGACACACCGCCGAGUUCGACUGCUCAUUUGAGGACAUGGAUCUGACAGCUACCCUGGACAGACACCAUCUUCCCUCGCUAGUGGAGCCUGUUACCCAGAACGGCUCUAAGCCCACAGAGAGAGUCUCCUACACCAAGAGACCUCAGGUCCAGGCUCAGGCGCAGGCCAACCACUCCUCUAACUGUAACACUACCUCAGCAGGAGUGUGUGAGGAGCAGAGUGUGAGGCGCGGCCCCAAGGCCCCGCUGGGUGGGAGGAGGUCUAAGAGAGCUGACGUGUGGAGUUACCUGAGGAAGAUCUCUGUCCUGGGGAAGGGGAACCCGGCUUACUCAGAGAGGAGUUUUGACUCAGAGCUACACACACUGGACAAGACCAUGGACUCUGACUACGGCUCGGUGGACUUCGAGAGCYUCAGGGACUUUCAACCAGCGGCUCCAAAGCACUCUGACAGCAAAGGCGGACAUUUUGGGGGUCUGAUUAAGUUCUUCAGCAACGUUGCGGAGACGGCUAGAAAAUGGAGGAUGUCUUCUCACUCCUUCUCUCCUCCAGAGGGGGGAGCGGAGCGGACGCCACUGGACUCCCCUAGAGCAGGGCAGCGUCUGGGGGACUACGUCCACAGUGUGUCCCUGACCCUCCGCAGUGAGGACCAUCCAGAGUGUCCCCCGACACCUGGCUCACCCCUGACCCCUCACCCCCCUCGCUCCCCUGCCUGUGACCCUGCCUCACCCACUCCUCUGAUUGGCAGACGGUCUCCUCAGGUGGUGCUGAAGGCCUGGAGGGUAUGUCCGGACUCACCAAGCGUUAACGGCCUGGUGUGUGUGAGCUCAUUGGAAAUGGCCAGACAGACAGACAAACAGACAGAGAGCCAGACAGUCAGACAGACAGAGAGACAGACACGGCACACCUCUGUAGCCACAGUAGAGAAUCACGUGCCACACUCAAGGCUGGAGAGAGAGACUCAGAAAGAGACAGUGGGAGACAGAGACCACUUAGAAUGUCUGUCAGUGGAAGAGAGAGAAAGAGAGGAAAGAGAGGGACACUCAGGAAAUUAUCUGGAUUCCGAGGAUGCUCUACCUGUCUCGGAUCAGACACACCUUCCAAACGGCCAAUCAAAGUUACGGGAAGGAGAGACCGUAGCCACUAGGGAGCCAGCAGGAAACUGCCACCAGGAAGUAUUUAAGGGAGCUCUAUCAGGCAGUGUUUUGAGGAGACCCAGGUCAAUCCAGUCCUGUUCUAGUCCAGUGAAGACCCUUGCCCCUCCCAAGCCCCCCUGCCUUCGCCCCCGUCCCGCCUCAGCACUGGUCGACCUCCGAGUCUGCAGUCCCUUCCCAGAGGGCUGUGCGUUUGCCGUUGCUCAGCAGGCCGCAGGGGGCUCUCUGUGCCGGCACAGACGCAGGCCCGGUCCCGUGAUGCACCUCUUGCCGGGUCGGAGACAGGCGGGCGGUCUGGCCAGGCCAUGCUCUGUCAUAGAGCCCUCCGUUACCGUGGAGACAGACCCAGCGCAGAGUCACAGAGCCAUGUCUCGUCCCCCGGGGGCAUCACCUUUAGAGCCCCCCCUCAGAGUGUCUCUUCAGAGGUGUCACUCCCUCCCUCUCCCCCCCAGCAGCCUCACCACUCUGGCCCUGUUCCCGGGACACACAGCAGACUCCCAGUCAUCCUCAAUGUGUCCUGGUGAUGGAGAGACUGGCAGCUGCAGGAGGAGACUGCUCAGAACAGGCUCUGGUCCACUACAAGUCAACAUCGUGAGUCACUGUCUACCAUGUCCUAUAAUCACACUAUAUUAGUCUGUUAGCAUGUUAGCCUGUUAGCAUGUUCAGUCACAAGUCACUGGCUGCGUCUCAAA